GUGUGGAUGUGGAACGAGCUAGAGCGAGGACAGAAACAGACACAGAGAGAGAGAGAGGGAGAGAGAGAGAGAGAGAGAGAGAGAGAGAGAGAGGAGGCAUCAGUCUUUCUGUAGCAUUAUCAAAUCAACUUGCCCUGUGUUCUGUUUCUUCCUGUGUGACUGGAUCUGUCAGUCGGUUUUAUUUCCUGGAUCUGGAUGUACCAGGGGGGACGUUUCGUGACAUAACACUGAGCCCAGAGGACCAGACUAGGACUUCCUGUGAUGGGGAGCAGUGUUCUCUAGGGGAGCACAGUUUCACCUGGUCAGAUACCCUCCACUGAUCGGUAAUCUGUCUCUCUUCAGAGGUCUGAGCAGUUAGCGUUUUAAUCAGCGAGGACAUAGAGGGUUUCGUCGACACAUUGACGUCAGAGACGUAUCAGGAAUUGCGACUAGAGAGGAGAAGCAGAGGGGAGAGAUGUUGGCGCAGGGCGGGCCUUGGGCCCUGUCUGUCAUGUCACUGGUCCUGCUGCUGUGGCAAGAAGUGUCUGCUAUCGAUGUUCCUCUCGAUUCAAAGAUCCAGCAGGACCUGAAGCAGCCUCCCACCAUUAUGAAACAGUCGUUGAAGGACUACAUUGUUGAUCCCAGAGAUAACAUCAUCAUUGAGUGUGAGGCCAAGGGGAACCCCGUGCCAACGUUCUCAUGGCGACGGAACGGGAAGUUCUUCAACGUGGGGAAGGAUCCGCGGGUGACGAUGCGGAAGCGCUCAGGAACGCUGGAAAUCAGCUUCCGGAGCGGAGGGAGGCCAGAGGACUACGAGGGUGAAUACCAGUGUUUUGCCUCCAACGACUUUGGAACGGCGCUGACCAACAAGAUCCUACUACGAGUGUCCAAGUCUCCUCUGUGGCCUAAGGAGGUGUUGGAGCCAGUGGUAGUGGGUGAGGGAUCUCCCCUGGUCCUGGCCUGUAACCCUCCUCCUGGUCUGCCCCCUCCGCUCACCUUCUGGAUGGACAGCGCCAUGAUGCCUAUAACCCAGGACAAGCGUGUGUCCAUGGGUCUGAAUGGAGACCUGUAUUUCUCUAAUGUGCUGGCUAAAGACUCCCACACAGACUACAGCUGCAACGCCCGAUUCCUCUUCACACACACUAUCCAGCAGAAGAACCCCUUCACACUCAAAGUGCAGACCAAGGAGCCGUAUAAUGACACUUCCUCUGUCAACUCCACUGACCCGUACGGUGGUCGUAAGGUAGCAGAGACCACCCCUAGCUUCCUCUCCCCCACGGGGACUGACAGCUCGAGGAUGGUGAUGAGAGGAGAAAAGCUAAAGCUGGAGUGUAUUGCUUCCGGAGUUCCAACUCCCAGUAUAAAGUGGUUUAAGAAGGGGGGAGACCUGAACCAGAAGGUGAAACUAGACAACUUCAAUAAGACUCUGCGUAUCGACAGUGUGUCAGAGGAGGACGCAGGGGAGUACAUGUGUAUGGCCAACAAUCAGAUAGGAAGCAUCCGACACUCCAUCUACGUCCAGGUUAAAGCGGCUCCCUAUUGGCUGGACCAGCCGUCCAAUCUGGUGCUAGCGCCGGAUGAGAACGGUCGUCUGGUGUGUCGGGCCAAUGGAAACCCCAAACCUCACAUCCAGUGGCUGGUCAACGGAGGGCCGAUCGAGAGCAAUAGCUCCUUGCCCAACCCUAGCAGAACGGUGGCAGGUGACACCAUCAUGUUCCGCUCCGUUCAGAUCGGCAGCAGCGCUGUGUACCAGUGUAAUGCAUCAAAUGACCAUGGUUACUUGCUGGCCAACGCAUUCAUUAGCAUACUGGACAUGGCCCCCAGAAUGCUGGGUCCUAAGAACCAGCUGAUAAAGGUGAUAGAGAACAACAGAACCUUCCUGGACUGUCCCUAUUUUGGCUCGCCACUUCCUGAGCUACGCUGGUUUAAGAAUGGUCAAGGAAGUGGUCUGGAUGGUGGUCACUAUCGGGUCUACAUCAACGGGACCCUAGAGAUCAAGCGUGCACGGGCUGAGGACGAGGGGACCUACACCUGCGUGGCCAGCAACAUCCUGGGCAAGGAGGAGAACCAGGUCCUCCUGGAGGUCAAAGAGCCGACACGUAUUGUCAGGGCUCCAGAGCACCAGUUAGCCAUCAGAGGUACCAUGGCUCGUUUCGACUGCCGGGUCAAAUCAGACCUCACCUUGCCCAUCACUGUUACCUGGCUGAAGGAUGACAAGCCUCUCUCCCUGGGAUCGAGGUUGAAGAAGGAUGAGGAUUCUCUGUCCAUCCCCAAUGUCCAUGAGGGAGAUGAGGGAACAUACACCUGCACUGUUAAAACAGAGAUUGACCAAGACACUGCCUCGGCACGCCUUACUGUGUCAGAGGACGCCUCCCUGUCUCCCUCACAGUCUAGUGUCUUGCCUACAGGCCGUCCUGACUCUCCCAUGGACCUGGAGCUGUCUGACGCUAAAGAACGCACCAUACGACUCACCUGGAUACAUGGAGAUGAUCACAACAGCCCCGUCACAUUGUUCGUGGUUCAGUUUGAGGAGGACCGUUGGGAGUCAGGCAAGUGGCAGAACCUGUCUAGUUAUCCCGGAGACUUCAACUCUGUCAUCCUGGAGCUCUCUCCUUUCGUCAACUACCAGUUCAGAGUCAUCGCUGUCAAUUCUGUGGGCCAGAGCCUCCCCAGCCUCCCCUCGCAACGAUACCAGACCAGCGGAGCCCCUCCAGAUGCUAUCCCUAGAGGCCUGAAAGGCUGGGGCACCAAGAAGAACAACAUGGAGAUCAGCUGGGAGCCCUUGUUGGACACAGAGCGAAACGGCCCUAACCUGCACUACUCGGUGUGGUGGCGACGGAAGGAUACGGGGGAGGAAUGGAGUAAUGUGACGACAGUGGGUGCAAAGCACAUUGUCCACGACACAGAGACCUACGUACCCUAUGAGAUCAAACUGCAGGCUGUGAAUGACUUUGGACCGGGAGGCGAGUCCAACAUCAUCAUCGGAUACUCUGGGGAGGACAAGCCCACAGCCCCUCCCACUGACCUGCGAGUGUCUAAGAUUGACAGCACCAAGGUCAAUGUCCACUGGACCCCAGUAGAUCCCAGCACUGUAUUGGGAGAGUUCAAGGAGUACAGGGUGUACUACUGGCGUGAGGGCAGCAUGUUGAAGAAUCUGCGUGUGAAUAAAGAGAAGAAGACUAAAGGGUUCUACAGUACCGUGGCCCAGCCUACUGGCAUACUGACAGACCUACAGCCAUACAGCCACUACCGCAUAUACAUGGUGGUUGCCAACAAUCGCUACGAGGGACCGCCUAGCAACCAUGUGGAGUUCCGUACCAAGGAAGGAGUGCCAGAAGCUCCUAAGUUCUUUAAGAUCAUCCAGCGGAGUACAGAUGUUAUCCACCUGGAGUGGGAUAAACCCCUGGAACCUAACGGCAUUCUGAUUGGAUAUAAACUCAACUACCAGACAGUGAACGGGUCGCGUGUAGGCCUUAUGCAGAUGCAGAGUUUCCUACCUAACGUGACAACGUACACACUCCGCCUGCCCGAACGAGCCAUCCGCUACAAGUUCUACCUGGCGGCCCUCACACAGGUGGGAGCAGGGGAGGUCUAUGCUGAGGAGUCUCCACACUUCACCAAUGAGGAAGACUUUUUCAGCUCAGUCGAGCCUACAGAUGUGUCCGUGUCUACAACUUUCCCUCCACCUCCUCCCACUACUACCGCUGCUACUACAACCAUUAGUACCUCAACUACUACUCCCCCUACCACUACUACCACUACUACCACUACUACUACUACUACCACUACUGCUGCGACUACUGCUACCACUCCUGUGCUGGUUACCAGCACCAAGCAAGCACAUACGAAUGUGUUGGGCAUGGCUCCUGGGAGUGUGAUCUGGAACCUGACGGUGGAGCCUAACAGUAACUACGCUAACGUCAGCUGGAACCACAACUUCCCGGCCGGCAGCAGCGAGUUCCAGCUAGAGUUCACACUGGACAGCAACGGCAGUAUGUCAAGCGUACCUGUGAACCAGCCGCCCAUUAAGCUGGCGGGACUGAUCGAAGGGGCCAAGUACCACCUGAGGGUGUACUCCAACGAAUACCACAGCAUCUCCAGCAAUGUUGUCACCUUUGAGACCAGUGCAGCCUACAGUAAAGACCAGGUGGACAUUGCUACCCAGGGCUGGUUCAUCGGGCUGAUGUGUGCAAUUGCUCUCAUCAUCCUCAUCCUCCUCAUCGUCUGCUUCAUCAAGAGGAGUCGCGGAGGCAAAUACCCAGUGCGAGAGAAAAAAGAUCUCCCUCUGGAUGCAGUGGAUCAGAAAGGAGAGGACGGAUCAUUUGACUACCAGAACGAAAAUGAGAACGAAAACGAGAACAGUUGUUCCUUCAAAAGCAGCGACGAGGACAACAAGCCUCUGCAGGGCAGCCAGAACUCUCUGGACGGCGGGGUGAAGGAGAGUGACGACAGCCUGGUAGACUACGGCGAGGGAGGGGAUGGCCAGUUCAACGAGGACGGCUCCUUCAUUGGCCAGUACACAGUCAAGAAGGACAAGGAUGAAACAGAGGGCAAUGAAAGCUCAGAGGCCACCUCACCCGUUAACGCCAUCUACUCGCUGGCAUAACCCCCCCGCCCGCCUCGCCCUGGGGAUCUGAGGUGCUCCCCUUAGCGGUCGGAGGGUGCUAUUACCACCACUACUACUACCACACACACACAAACACAGAUAUGAAUAUGAAUAUAUAUAUAUAUAUGAAUCUAUAAAAACACGUAUACACACGUAAACACACAGCGCCUGCCUGGAAACUGUUUGGCCUCUUUAAGCGGACGGAGAAACCAUUCCUCUGAGAAAUAAGGGGGUGCGAAUGGAAUGGAAGCUACCAUAUACAGUGAACCAAGCCUUUAUUGUCAGCUCCAGAAAAUGGCUUGCCGAGGCAAAGUUUGGGAAUCUUGAACAGUACCAGUUUCUCUAUGCUCCUCCUCCUCCUGCCCAUCACACAGACUUUAGUGUGCCUAAAGGGCUGGCCUCAACUACAGAGGACUAAGAGGCAACGCAGAGGUUUUCAAGCAUUUUGUGUGGCACUAGAGCUUUUUUGUUUUCAACGUUCUCAGCUUUUCCCGCAAUCCCCCUCUUCGUCCCACACAUAUCACGCCCCCUGUGUCUUUACCCAGCAUUCAUAGGGAAGGAGACACAGACACUCCUCCUGUGAACAUAUCAGCUACGGACCACCAACAUAGCAGGAUGUCGGCAGAUAUGUUUAUCAUAUUGAUAUUUCCGCAAAGAGAGAUAAUUCUGGUACAAUAGACGAGUCAUUAGAAUAUAUUAAUGCUGUAAACACUGCUAGCUCACCUUCUAGUGCGCUGCAAAACUAUGCACUACCACCACCUCAUGUUUUUGGGUAAAGUCUGGUUAUGAAUUCAAUUUUUUGUGUGUGUGUUGAUUCUCACAGGUUUAAAGAAGAAUAACUUGCUUAAUGAAAUGGUAUCGUUCCCUCCCCAUCCCGCUGUGGUAAAUGUACUUCUGAUUCACCUCCAAUCUCAAGUCGUGUGGGGAUAUUCAAAAUGGCCACAGCUAUAGCAACGCCAUUCCUGCCUCAAGCUUUGUUAUGGUACAAGCCUAUACUAUGUCAGUUAUAAAUGACAUUUGAAAAAAAAAAAUGUUUUCAAGCAUGGUAGUACUUUAGUGCAAGAGACAAAGGAAAAGUAGCAUGGAGAGGAGGUUUGCUCUGCUUGGUAAACUGCUAGAGACUGUCUGUCCAUCUCUAUGGUGAAUGGUGCUCCAAGGAGGUGACUCACUUCUUGUUUACUUCCUGUUUAGCAUGGCUGUGAUCCUUAGGCUAGGCUUGAUAGGCACCUCUUUUGUCUGCUUCUUUUAUAACUGGUCUCGUUAUGGGACAGGCAGAAUCUGUUGAGGCAUGUCUUCACCUUCAAACUUCUAGAAAUGAUUUGGAAUCCUAAUUGACUCUUGAAGUCAAAACGAAACUAAAUACUGCUACAAAACCUAUUCAAUGUCUUUGAAUAUAGGAUACAGACAACUCUGUGUAGGUAAUGAACGUCCCUGCAGAUUCCACCUGGCCCUAGUCAUCAUUGUCAUACGAAGUCAGUAUGUCAAGGAAGUGUGAAGAAGUUAGAACACAUCGAUACUAAUACAUUGGUGGACCUCCAUUUUACCAUUUGAUCCUUUCAAUAGUAGAACUCAUUCAUGAGUCUUCCUUGAUGUUUCACCUCUUGAAGCGGUAGAAAGCUCAACACCCACUUUUACAACCUAUCACAACAGCGUUACUAAAGUCUUUCACGUUAAAUCAAAUAGAUCUUAGCUAACCAAUGACAAUUAGCUAACAGAGGUCACAUUGUAUUUCAGAUUACUAUUUUAUAUUUUAAUUUAUUACAUUAUGUCAAUAGUGUUAAUUAAUAUAUUAGUAAUUCACUCAUUAAUUGUUGAAUACACAUUUUUGACCAACUGAAUUCAUGGUAUCACAUCAGAGCCCACUCUGAAAGCCACGAUAAAAAAAUUAACGGGAUUUGUUAUUGUACAUAAGGAAAGGAAAAUCUGCUGUAUGACACAUCUUUUGUUGCUAUGGGUAUUCUUCUGUAAACUAACAACAUUGACUGUCACCAUUAAAGACGUUGUGUCGAUCUAUUCAUUGUGCUGCUCUUCAUGUUGAGUAUUCAUGUUUGUAUUACUGUUUAAUAUUCCAUGUUGGUAUUAGAAUUUAUUUAAUAUAACUUUAACUUAACACAGAAAUGUAACAUUGCUUAUUUGUUUGACAUACUGUAACUGUGCGUACACGUAAGUCCUGAAACAAUAUGUCUUUGUAAAUAUCUAUCAGAAAAACUGCUUUAUGAGUAAAGAAAUAGUCACAAGUCUGUAUCCACCAAGCAAAUGUACCUGGUGCAUCCCAAGAAUGAUGUCAUGUGGACCUUUGCAAUGUAGCUUUGAUUACGAUUGGGGACUCAAAAUGACUCAAUUGAUGUUGUCCCUAACUACUUGCUUUGAAAUUGUAAUAUAUGGCUUGUGACUUGUCUAUCGGUCCGUCACUUUUCUGAUGAUCACUAAUUCAAAAGAAACAGUUGAUAAAUAACACUAUGUUGUGGAACAGGUAUAAAGUAGUCAGCCACAUUAUGGUGUAAAUAAAAAGUGCUAAUGAAAUGUGUUGUUGUAGCAUACUGCACACACCUGUUCAAUAGGUAUGAAAAAAAAGCAUUUGCUGAGGUAACGGAUAGCCAAUUUUCCCCUAUUUUGUUUGUUUUUGUAUUGUCGUCUCUUAACAAGGCAACCCCAGACUUUCUCAAGGCUGCACAGACUCAUUCUCCCAUCAUGCCAUUCACCUAACAUGCCUGCUGCUCCACUCCUCCUGGUGACAGCCCAGUGGCUGGUGGCCAUUUUGAAAGGGACAGAUUUGGUCGUGUGCUUCACUUAUUUAAAGAGAUGUCUUGUGUUCUGCCUUCCUCCUCAUCUUAGACUUAAAAAAAAAAUGGAAUAUACUGUAUGGCCAUCAACAUCCUCUGUGAACGGGUCCUCUUUAAACCUUCUUUCUCCAGUAUGUCAAAGCAAGUUUUGACCCAUUUGUUUUUCAUGUUGUUUCUUUGUGGUGAAGUUCACCGUGACCACCGGGUAGUGACUACAUUAGCCUACCAUGCACAGACACCUGACCACUGUAUUAACAUGAGGACACAGGAGGCCAGGAGUGCUGGCAGAGACACAAUACAGUGCCUUUCCUUUUGCUAUAUGCUCUCCUCAACAAGACAAAGUGCACAGAGAAACAGUCCAAUCACGAACCUCCAACAACCCUUAAAAACUACUGAAUCACAGAAUGUUCGAUGACGGAUUUGGCCUUGAACUCACCGUUGUUUGAGUUCUGUACAAGCCCUUUCCCCUGAUAGCCUUUCUCCUUUCCCCGUAUGGAUCCGUAAGGGCGUAAUUAGUGAACUGGCUAGAAAACAGAAAAUAUAAUAAUGCAUAUUUGCUGAUACACAGUGCUUUCUUCUGUAUUUUGAUUUGUUUGAGCACGUUUACUGGAGGUGCAUAAGGAGUAGUGUUUUUUUGUUCCGUUUGUAAUGUGUGUAUCAUCGACACUACUCCUCCCUUAGAAUAGCAAAUAACUUUUCAACUAUCAAGGGGUAACAAAAAUGUAAAAGUAUCAAUGUGCAUUUUCACAGCUUUGAGUUCACUUGAUUUUUAGAUUCUGCAAAACUGCGAUUUUAUUCUUCAACGAGAUGCCCAUAACAAUUAUAAAAUUGGCGCAUGUAUUGUUAUUGUUCAUGUUCUUGUUAUUUGAAAUGAUUUUAAUUUCUGCUUUUUACUUUUACUGUAUCAAAGCAGCUCGUCCGUCAAGCCUCUACUCGCAAAAGAACAGCUUUUGUAACGUACAUCUAAUCAACGGAGAAAUGGCAUAUUAAUAUAUUCACAAUGUAUGUCUGUAUGAUGAGAUGUUGCAACUUCGGCUAGAAACGCCUUCUUUAUAGUAAAGCAUUCUGUUUUUCUCUAAA